AAUCCAAGUCUUCAGCGGGAUUCGAAUCCAGAUCCCCUCGGUUUGGAACCCAAGCGCUUUACAAUCUGCCACCAUGCCCCAUGAUUGUGAGCUUUGUCCCCAUGCUUUCAUUGAAGUGCAAACAUUUUCCUCAACACUCAAACAUCUUUUCUGAUCUCUACUUGACGUCAUUUAUGGAUGCCACCUAACAUGCAACGAUUUUGUAAUAGCUGGAGUAUCCGGACAUAUAAGAUUUAUGAAUGCAAACAGGUAUCAACUCGAAAAAAAUAUUUUAUCUUUCUGAAAGUGGGAAUGGAAUAGGACUUUUCUGAUAGGUGAAGAUGAGAACUCCAAAACAGGUCAAGACUAUUGCUUCACAGCUUGAGGUUUUAGAAGAGCUACGUGACCAGCUGGAAAAUACCGUUGGUUAUAUCAACUCUGUUAUAAACAUAGGGAAAGAAUGGAUUGAUGAGACCAACAACGAAAGUUUUGUGAAAAUCAAUCAGUUCCUGGUCACUGAGACUUCUGAAUGUUUACGGCGAUGUUCAUCUAUCUUAGACGAGAAUGACGUAAUGCAAACCACAGUUGAACAUGUUCACAGAAAUGCAUCUUCAAACGAAGAAGCUCCUGAUCCAGACGACAAACAAGGCCAACAAUCUGUCAAACAAACACUGGAACAAAAAACCAUGUCAACAUCUCACGCCAAAGAAAUUAACAUUUUAAUACAAAAUCUUAAACAGCAAGUAAUACAAAAUGAACGAAUGUCUAAGCAGCGUCAAGCAGAAACGGAACAAAGUUUUCAUUUCAAAUUUGAGGCGGUAAUGCGAGAACUCGAGGCCGCUAGUAACUUAAUGUCAAAUCUACAGAGUAAGAUGGAAUCUUUGUCAAGUCAAGUGAAAGAAAUGUCAAAAUUUGACAACGCAUCUGAUUUAAUUGACCGACUUCAUAGCGUGGAUGUAACUGUUACAGAACAUCAUAAAAAGAUUGAAGAGCUUCGUCAAGAAUCAACAGAGAACAAUAUCCUCCGGAUAGUCCACGAGUUGCUGAUUGAGCGUGGGGUACUAACACAUCAAACUUUAAGAGAAAACUCAGCUUUUGAAAAAUUGCAUAAAGAUCUCAAAUUUAUAAAAGAUUCUCAAGACCAAGUACAAAUAUCAUUACAAAAACAUGAGAACAUAAGAGGUCUAGAGACAAAUUUCAAGGACUCAGAAACUCUUAGGUCGAAACAUCUGCAAGACUUGAAAAAAAAAAGAAAUGCAAAUACGAAUUACUGAAUGGUCUAAAGUCUCAAUCUGAAUCCACAACAGCUGAUUAUAAACAAAUCGAAACAUAUCUGAAAAGACUAGAUCUUAAUUUCGACAAGCUGAAACAAGAAAACACAGAUCUUUCCACUCAAAUCUCAACACUCAGCGUUACUUCAGCUAAUGAUAAAAGAGAACAGAUAGAGAAAAUAAGUUCUAUAGAAUCUAAGAACAACGAUGUAUCGAGUCGUGUAGAUCAAUUGUGGUCAAGAAA